GCCAGGCAAGGCGUAUGAAGAGAAAGAUGAAAAACGCAGUCUACCCCGAUGGUUACCAAUAACACUCCUUACAAUGACAACCGUGGCCCUCACUGUUCCUGUCGUCCUGCUUUGGCGACAAAAACAAGCACUUGGACCUCAUACUUCACCAAGCCUUGGUCGAAGGCAGGGUGUAACGCCACCUCCAGCGCGUCGACGACCGUUGUCUGGAACGAGCACUGUGCGUGCAGAAACUAAUCCGAGACCAGUGGUGUCUUCGAAUACAAGUAGAUCUUCAAGUGUACCAACACCUCCCCCUCCACGUCGCGUGUCUUCCCGCACUAGCGUACUGGACACGACUCCUGCAUCUGGUCGUCGAGUAACACUGGCGCACCGUAUUCCAAAGAAGCCGUCUUCGACUGUCGUAACCUUUUUCGACGGACCAUUGUUGUCCUUGGGAGCAUUUGGGCUUGCGACAGCAGCGGUUGGUGUAACUACGGUGUUAGGUGUGUGGGGAGUGCAGACGUUGCUAGGGGUUAACAAUAUCGAUGAAUUCGCUGCACGCGUCCGUCAACUUCUACAGUCUCACAUGCCAGUUCUAUCACGUCGAAUAUAUCGUUCUGCCCGGGUAGAUGAUGGUCCUCUCCCUUCAGCACCUCGCGAAGGUUCGCACCAUGACCAGCCGGAAGAUUGGAACUGGGAUGCCGCCGAGGAUCGCUUGCGGGUUGCUUUUGAUCGGGGUGGGGUUGGAGCGUGGGCAGUAACUGCUAUGCGGGAGCUUGAAGCGGAGGAGGGUGUAGAGAGGAGAAAACGUGGCUUGUGAAGCGAGCCGUAAAAUUCAUGUCAGGUUGACAAAUUCUGACGUCGAAGGUAUUUGAAGUUAGGAAUAUUACUAUACAUGGCCAGCCGGUUCUCUCCUUCUUCACUGCAGUUUCACUUCUCUCUGCAAAUUAUUAACUGAAAGGAAUCAACGCGCCCAAGGUGCUCCCGAGAUACAAAUCCACUUGGUCUAACUUUAAUACCAACAGAUGACAAACUUGCUAUUCUCUCAGGUCAAUGCCCCGUCUUGUAACAGGUUUCCGUUUCUACAUUGCCUGCUUCUAAUGAGCGAUCAACGGAAAGUGCCUCACUGGACCUUGUGGACAAGAAGACACUUGUGCUAUGACAUCUAAUCGUUUAGUUUUUCCUAUCUUGUUAAUUGCGAAUCCCCUAUUGAGUCCAGGUUGUUGUCAUGUGCUCGACUUAGGGCCCGGAAACUGACGAAAGUAAUGAGAAAAGUCCAGGGUACCAUCGGCUUUACAUCCGUCUUUGCGCUUUCACGCGACAACUUCAUUUGAAUAUAAGAAUCAUGGAUACUUUCGCAUACGUUGGGCGCUCUCAUCACAAGAGCUCUCUUUCCCCUGCAGUCAUUUCAACAGGUAAAAAGGAUGCGUGCCGUGGUCUGGAAAAAGCCAUUUCAAGUAGUGGUUGGAGAAGUGCCCAAACCUGAGCUAACACACCCGGAUGACAUCAUUGUAAAAGUGACGACAGCUGGGAUAUGUGGGAGUGACUUGCAUAUUUACGAGGGUCGUACUCUUGCGAAGGGUGAUAUAGUCUUCGGGCAUGAAAACCUUGGUAUUGUUCAUGAAGUUGGGACGGGAGUGACUCUUCUGAAACGGGGUGAUCGCGUCGUAAUGCCUUUCAAUGUAUCCUGCGGGAGAUGUGCAAACUGCGAGCAAGGUCGUCCUGCCUACUGUAUGAUUACCAAUCCCGGAGCAACUGCAGCGGCAUACGGAUACGUAGGCAUGGGUGAUUAUCAAGGCGGCCAAGCGGAAUACGUUAAGAUUCCGUUCGCCGACUACAAUGCGCUUAAGCUCCCACCCGGAACUGAGCAUGAAGCAGACUUUGCAUUGCUGUCAGACAUUUUCCCCACAGGCUGGCAUGGUGUCCAACUCUCGGGCUUCCGUCCAGGAGAAUCUAUAGCUAUCUUUGGCGCGGGACCUGUGGGACUCAUGGCUGCAUACUCUGCAAACCUGCGUGGUGCAUCCGAAGUCUAUGUAGUUGACCGUGUUCCCGAGCGGUUGCAGAAGGCAAAGGAAAUUGGGUGCAUUCCGAUUGACUUCUCUGUAGGUGAUCCCGCGGAACAGAUCAAGAAGCUUCGAUGCGGUAGAGAAGUUGAUCGUGGCGUUGAUGCUGUUGGAUACCGAGCGGUUGCAGCAGAUGGGAGCGACAAGGCGAACGCUGUGCUUGAGGGAUUAAUUGACGUCGUUAAGCCAACCGGUGGCAUAGGCGUUCCAGGAUUGUACUUCCCCGUAGAUCCAGGUUCGGCUGACUCCAAUGCAUCAAAGGGCUAUUUGCUGUUUCCGUUCGGCAAGGUUUUCUUGAAAGGCCUGACCAUUGGAACCGGGCUUUGCGAUGUGAAAGCAUACAACCGCUACCUUCGUGACUUGAUCAUUGCUGGCAAGGCGAAGCCGGCAUUCGUGGUAUCCCACCAGCUGAAACUCGAAGACGCACCCCUUGCGUAUGAGAAAUUUGACAAGCGCGCGGACGGGUAUACGAAGAUCCUGCUGCAUCCAUGAUGGAAUAUGAUGAUGACUGCUUCAACCCAGUUGUUAAUAUGCCUUUCGGAACUGCACUAACGAACAAGGGCGAUGUGAUUACAUAUAAAUACUGCGAACGUCAAAGAUGGCAAAGGAUUACUGUGUAUAUUAUGUAUGAUUUGGGAAGAUAACGAAUUUUCUGCACCGGGUCUAGGUACAUCAAUGGGAGGAUAAACCAUUGAAUGAGAUGUCUACACACAUUGCAAUUUGCAUAUAGAUUCUGUCCUUAUGUGCUACUUACGAAACUCUUGUCGAUCGUCCGAGAUCGACAGGAAACCGUAAUGACGUCAUGUACGAUGAUCACGGAAUUGUCUCCUCUACUGGCGGACAAGGGAUGAUAUCAACCUGACGUCUGCUUGGAGUGUUUCCAGAUUGACCUCCUAUAUAGACUCACCAUGCACUCGACAACAGAACAAUUCACAACUCAGAAGAAAUUCCGAAAGCUUUAUCCAUAGAUAAUAUUUCUAAGUUUCUUCUCACCAUGUCGAACAGUCAAAACAUAAACAUCAGCUCCAUCCAACCAGGCGGUCCGCAGAGGCAGCCGAACUUUACUGGAGAGCGCGACGAGCUCGUUCGCAAUCCAGAGGGUGUACCAACCUUCCGUAACGACCGCGUUGUUGACCCAGACCCGUUUGCCGAACCUACGACUGCAGAUGAUACACUUACGGGAGCCACUUCUGCGGACGUACAUAGCGGCUACGGUCACCCCGGUUCUGGCGAAACCAGCGCUGAGCUCCACCAUGAUGGGCAAGCGCAUCGGAAGAAACACGGUUAUGGAGCGGAACAGUGGGGAACGACUCAAAAGCAAGGCUUGAAGGUUCACCCGGAUGAACGGCAAGGGGAUUUUAUCAUCGAUAGGGCCGAAGCAAAUGAGAACCAAUUGUAAUCGCAUAGAAUGUGAUAACCAUUUGUUUGUAACAAAAUAUGAUAGACUGUAACUGUAUAACAAUAUCACAUUCUUCGUUAACC